CCCUCCAGUGCUGUGAAGAUCACGUGAUCGCAGGGCGGCGCCGCAAAUACGAAACGACCAAUAGAAUCGCGCGCCUUGGGGAAGUUGCGGAUUUUGAAACGGCUGAAUAAGAAAACAUUUAACUCCACGUCGAAUUUAUCACCGUUUUCCGUCUUAAUUGUAUAGAGAUGGAUGAAGAAGAGAGCACAGAGCGACAGAUGCAGAUCGCCAUGCUGUGUCAAAGACUGGCAAAGAUGAAGCAGUUAUUCAAUGAUGAUGACACGGAUUACAUUAACCAGGCCAUCAGUUCAAACUCUCCUGACACCUGCCGGACAUUUCUGACCAAAAUGGAGAAGAAGGGCAAUCUUCAGACUGAUGCCAAUUUUCUCACCAAGCUCAUUGACUGCUACACUCGUGUCUUUUCCAGCAUGCCAUUGGGAAAGUACGGUCAAAACGAGAGCUAUGCCAAGAUGCUGGUCAGAUUUGCAGAGUUAAAAGCCAUCCAAGAUGUGGAUGAUGCUCAGGCUAGUUUUGAUAUAGCGAGGUCCCACUGCAAGGAUUUUGCUUUUGUCCACAUAGCUUAUGCUCAGUUUGAACUUUUACAAGGCAAUGUUAAGAAAUGCACUUUGAUUCUUCAAAAGGCUUUUGAAAUGAACGCAAAGCCGAGACGCGUUCUGGAAGCUGCCGUGCGAAAUCUAAAUUCAGGAAAACAGCAGCUCCUUUCUCAUGAAGAUAAAGAGAACGCAUCAGUGUCUGCCCAUGAAAGCAGCUCCAGGAGAUCAGAUGGAACGUGUGACCUACAGACUGGAUAUAGUUUUUCUCAGGGGAAUGAUCAAAAGUUCAGUCCACAGGAUGAGAACAUACCUGUUUGGAGAUCAGGGUCACAGCAAAGAAGAGUUGUCAUGGCUGAUAGAUUACCCAUGGGACCUCUGUCCAUACCUGAAAAUGAGAGCAGCGACUCUGAGAGCGUUCAGAAACCAGAAGCUUCUUCCUCCAGAAGCAGACAAACACAAGGUUCAAGUGUCCGCUCCACCCUUCAGUUGUGUCCCUCAAAGAAAGGCACUCCAGAUGGAGACUCCUACAGUUUAUUAAACCUAAAGCCACCUGUAAUAAGUCCAGAUCAUCAUAGAGAAGACAUUGAAGAGGUGGACACGAUCACAGCACUUCUGCACAAACCAGAAAGAAGAGAGGCUUCUAGAAUGGAAGAUACCGUUGACAUCAACCAGAUCAUCAGCUCCAACUCUCCUGAAGGUUGUCAGAUAUUCCUGAAAAACCUUGAAAAGAAAGGAGAUCCUAAAUCAGACCCAGCGUUUCUCUCCAGACUUUUGGACUGCUACUCUAAAGUGUUCGCCAAAUUUCCCCUGGCAAAGCAUUGCAAGACUGAAUGCUAUGCCCGAAUGCUUGUGCGAUACGCUGAGCUGAAAGGAGUUGAAGAUCCAGAGGAAGCUCAAGAUCAUUUCAGUAUUGCCCGUUCACACUGUAAAGCUUUCGCUUUUGUACAUAUUGCACACGCUCAGUUUGAGCUCUCCCAAGGCAAUUUACGGAAGAGUAAUUUGAUUCUUCAGAAAGCCCUGAGUUCAAAUGCACAGCCAACUGAAGUGCUUCAUACUGCAGUCACAAAUCUGAACUCUGGCAGAACUCGACUGCUUUCUGCCGAGGAGGAAGAGAGCACUCACGGUACUGUAGAAGCACCAAGAACCAGAAAGGAUGUUGAAAAUCCUGUAAGGGUUCCCGAGAUGCCACAAAAGCCCCCUGCCAAAGAGCCUUCAUCUGAAUGGAAGAUUCCUGCUCUCAUUAACAGACAUUCAUCUCCAGAGGAGCGCAAGCCUCCCGCAGACCCCGUUCCCACACCAUCCUCUCAUCAUGCUGUGAGAACACCAGCGCCCCCUCGAUUACAACCGACUCUGAACUUUCAGACACCCAACUAUAAAGACCCAAAUGCAAACAGUUUUGUCACUCCUGUGGUGAAGCAGAGGCCAGUGGUCGUUUCUGUUCCAUCUACACUUCAGAAAAUGGGUAACACUCAGUUGCCUUGCACUCCAAAAAACCAAGUGUCCUACGUCCAGCAGCCAUCACAGACACCGGCCUCUGCUUUCUCAAAUGAAAGCAUCACAAUCAAGGGCAAACAGUUCUUCAUUUUUAAGAUGAUCGGGCGAGGUGGAUCCAGUAAGGUCUAUCAGGUAUUUGAUCAUAAGAAGCACACAUACGCCCUAAAAUACGUCAAUCUUGAGGAGGCCGAUGCGCAGGCGGUGGAAAGCUACAAGAAUGAGAUUGAGCACUUGAAUCAUCUUCAACAGUACAGUGAUCAGAUCAUCAAACUCUAUGACUAUGAAAUCACCAGCAGUUACAUUUAUAUGCUCAUGGAGUGUGGCCACCUGGAUCUCAACACGUGGUUGCGCAACCGCAAGACCGUCAACCCGCUGGAUAGGAAGUGUUACUGGAGGAAUAUGCUGGAGGCUGUGCACACUAUUCACAAACAUGGUAUCGUUCACAGUGAUUUGAAGCCGGCAAAUUUUGUGAUUGUCGAUGCUUCACUGAAGCUAAUAGACUUUGGAAUCGCCAACCGCAUUCAACCCGAUGUGACCAGCAUCAUGAAGGACUCACAGGUGGGGACACUAAACUACAUGCCACCAGAAGCCAUUAAAGACACUUCUUCUAAUGGAAGGCCAGGGUCAAAGAUCAGUCCUAAAGGGGACGUGUGGUCACUCGGUUGUAUCCUAUAUUGUAUGACUUAUGGAAAGACUCCGUUCCAGAACAUCACCAAUCAGAUAUCCAAAAUUCAUGCCAUCAUUGAUCCGUCCCACGAGAUCGAAUUUCCAGAUAUUCCGGAAAAAGACUUGCUUGACGUGCUUAAGAGGUGUUUAGUUCGUAAUCCUAGAGAAAGGAUUUCCAUAGCAGAGCUCCUAGAUCAUCCGUACUUACAGUUGCAGUUACAGCCACAGCCUGAGUCAGCAGAACCAUGUAACAGUGAUUUAAAGAGAAUACUGAAUGAACUGGCGGCUCUUCAGUCACCCAACAGUAUCGCCCGAGCUGCCAGUAACCUUGCCAGGAUGUGCAACAGUGGAAAGAAAUUGGAUGUUUCUGAAUGUGUGAAAACGACCAGUCAGACGCUGUGGAAAUAAAACUGAUGCUACUGUGAAGGUCGUCCUCCAUGGCACUUGGAGAUAACAGGUCCUGGAUCUCAAAGCAGGACUUGAAGCCACUAUUCAUGAUUUCAAAGCUUACAAGCUGCUGAGCCAUUUGUUUAAUUUUUCACUUUAGAUAAGCUCUAAAGCUUCAUGUAUGAUCACUAUGCCACUUGUCACCUUGUUCUAGGUGUGUCAAUGUUUUACUCCUAUCCCUCCUGAACUCUUUCUUUUUUAUUUGACUAUAUUGAUACAUUCUAAGAAACAAUGACAUAACAAAUAAACCUUUCUAUGUAUAUUCUGAA